CACGAGGGGCCAGCUGGGAUUUAGUCGCCACGGCGUCUGCAGAAAGUAAAACUUUGUGAAGAGGCGCGAGCUACGUCCACUAUAGCUAUGCAGUGGCGGGAGUGGCUCUGUUCCCUCGGUGGUGGAGUGGGGCGCUCGGACUUGGAGGACCUUCGCAGUGUGCUCCCCUCUUUCUUCCCCUCGCUCUUUGGCCUCGGAGCACUGGCCUCUCUGACGGCCUACUGGCUGCUGACGCGGCCCCGGUCCAUCCGGCCGCCCUGCGACCUGCGAGCGCAGUCCGUUCCAGUCCAGGGGGAUGCCAGUUGCCGGCGAUCCGCACUGUUGAGGGACGACAACCUGCUGGACUUCUACUAUGAGGACACCAAGACGGCCUACGAGAUGUUCCAGAGAGGGCUGAGGAUAGCAGGGGACAGGCCGUGUCUGGGGUUCAGGAAGCCAGGAGAACCGUACCAGUGGAUCUCCUACACCGAGGUGACGCACAGGGCCCAGGUGCUCGGCUCAGGACUACUGGCAAAGGGAUGCCAGCCCAACCCAAAGCAGUUUAUAGGAAUCUUCUCCCAGAACAGGCCAGAGUGGGUUAUUGCAGAGUUGGCCUGCUACACUUUCUCCAUGGCCGUGGUACCUCUGUAUGACACACUGGGCCUGGAAGCUAUGGUGCACAUCCUCAAUCUAGCCGAGAUCCCUCUGGUGAUCUGCGACAAGAUGGAGAAGGCCGAGUCCAUGCUUGCGAAUAAGGAAACUGGGGUGACACCCGCUCUGUCCUGUCUGGUGCUCUUCAACCCCAUCAGCGCUGCCCUGGUGGAGCGGGGGAGGAACUGUGGCGUGGAAGUUCUGCACCUGUCGCAGCUCAUGGCUCUGGGCAGGGAUAAUCUUCGCGCUCCAAUACCCCCUGAGCCUGAGGACCUGGCGGUCGUGUGUUUCACCAGCGGGACCACAGGAAAGCCCAAAGGUGCCAUGAUCACCCACGGCAACAUUGCCUCCAACACGUCCUCCGUCAUCAAGAUCCUCGAGGGCUUCUUUGUGAUUCGCCAAGAGGACGUGUCCAUCUCGUACCUGCCCCUGGCCCAUAUGUUCGAGCGCAUGAUUCAAGUGUCCAUGUUCGUCCAUGGAGCGAGAGUGGGCUUCUACCAGGGGGACGUCUCCCUGCUCAUGGACGACAUCAAAGCCCUGCGACCCACCUUCUUCCCCGUGGUGCCCCGCCUACUCACCCGCAUCUAUGACAAGAUCCAGGGCUCGGUGACGUCACCGCUGAGGAGGGCUAUCCUGCACUACGCCGUGAAGCGCAAACAGGCCGAAGUGAACAGCGGAAUCAUCCGGAACAACAGCCUGUGGGACCGACUCAUAUUCAACAAGAUCCAGGCCACCCUGGGGGGCAGGCUGCGCUUCAUCCUCACCGCCUCCGCCCCAAUCUCCCCUGCUGUGCUCUCCUUCCUCCGGGCCACCCUUGGCUGCCUGAUAUUUGAGGGCUACGGUCAGACUGAGUGCACGGCAGGCUGCACCUUCUCCAUGCCCGGAGACUUUAGCGCAGGCCAUGUUGGACCUCCUCUGCCUUGUGCCAUGGUGAAGCUGGCCGACAUUCCAGACAUGAGCUACUACGCCAAGCGUGGACAAGGAGAGAUCUGUAUCCGUGGACCCAGUGUGUUUCAGGGGUACCUGAAAGAUGAGGAGAAUACAGCCCAGGCUCUGGAUGGCGACGGUUGGCUGCACACAGGAGAUGUGGGACAAUGGCUGCCGAACGGGACCCUGCGGAUCAUAGACAGGAAGAAGCACAUCUUCAAGCUGUCCCAGGGAGAGUACGUGGCUCCGGAGAAGAUUGAGAACAUCUACAUGCGCAGCGUUCCCGUGUUGCAGGUGUUCGUGCACGGCGACAGCCUCCAGUCCUGCGUGGUCGGGAUUGUGGUCCCAGACCCAGAAGUGUUUGUUGACUGGGCCAGAGAGAGGGGAAUUGUGGGAUCCUACGAGGAGCUCUGUCAGAAUUCCGACGUUAAGAGCGCUGUGCUGGAGGACAUGGUUGCCAUGGGGAAGGAGGCGGGGCUGAAGUCCUUCGAACAGGUGAAGGACCUGUAUCUGCACCCGGAGAUGUUCAGUGUGAGUAACGGUCUCCUCACGCCCACCCUGAAGAGCAAACGCGUGGAGCUGCGCCAGGUUUUCCGCGAGCAGAUCGCGCUAAUGUACAGCAAAGUGGCCGUAUAGGGCGUCGGCACGCGCGUCGUCGCUCGUCCGUUAACGUUUGUAGGUAAACACUAAUAGUAGCCUUCCUACCGAACUGGAAAACGUGCUGUUUUAGAGCGCACUGCGCGCCACAGGCUGCAGGACGCGAGGAGAGUCGGGGAUCCGCAGUCAGCCUGCGCUGCUGCUGGUGAAUUAUUCAUGCACGUGACGACAGCGAGGAGGAAACCAAGAGCCACAACUCCAAGUUGUACGUUUUCCCUAAAAAGUGGAAUCCAUGGCGGCCUAAUUGAACGAGCAGAUUGUAUGCAGCUCCUUUAGGCCCGUGAGAUCGUCUCGAGCGUCCUGACUAGCGCUCUUCGUGGCCCGUCGCACUAGUUGCGCGCGGUUUGCGCUCGGGCAGUUUUGCUGGAGAAACCGGCGCUUCCCACGGGGUGAACGGACGGCGCUUAAUGACUUUCUUUUGCAAUGAUUCCACGGUCGUAUAUUUGGUGUCUGGGGUUUUAAGAAUAAAGUCGCACUUUCAUGGAA